AGGUGAUGCUGUAUGUACGUGAGCUUUAACAUUUAUCAAAAUAAGAGACGUGUUUUGAGGAUCAUCGUCGUAUUGAUAAACCGUCCUAUUUGAGGUCAAUUUAAGGUCGUUUCUCUGGUCGGAGGACUUAAGCCGUGCGUGUAUCAGACGAAGAGGAGUGGAAGAUUGGAGAAGGCAGACACGAUAACUGGAAGUGCAUCGGCCGCAAAGGCUCAACAAGUCGUCGGAUCGUUGCGCAGCCAGCACUGAAUACACCAGAACCAGUACUUCGUGAUCAGUGUUAAAGCAAAGAUGUUCUCUUCAUUUCUACGCAGAGGGGUGUCCGCGGCCUUCGGAGGGAUUAGGACCAAAGAGUCGGCAGCUGUUGAGUGUCUCCUGAAGACCAACAAACAAUUUUCGACCGUCUGCAAAUGCACCGCUUCUGCAGCCCACGUCGAUCUUCAAGCAGUCCGAGGUUACGCGAAACACGCGAAAACCGAACAGAAGUAUGAGGAUUUCUCUUCGUCCGAUAGCGACUUGGAGGUUCUGGGUCACAGGGGAGAAUCGCAGUUUUGGCGCAGAAAGAUGCGCACUUUCCACGGAAUUCUGGACGUGAACAAGGACGGAGUCAUCUCCUACGAUGACUUCCAACUGCUUGCAGACAGAUUCGUAAACUUGGGACAUCUCAGCGAGAAGCACACCAAGGAAUUCAGAAAAGUCAUCAAAAAUAUAUGGGAAGCACAAUGGGGCGAAAUAACACCGUACAAUCUGGUCACAGUCGAACAAUACCUCGACGAUAUGCAUCACGUCUUGAACGAUAAAAGCAGGAUCAAGAAGGCCCACGCCUUUUUACCCUACCUUUUCAAAGCUGUGGAUAAGGACAGCUCCGGUGAGAUUUCCGUGGAAGAAUUCAAGUUGUUCUUCAAUAGUUUAGGUCUGAAGGAGACGGAUGCAUCCGUAGCUUUCUUAUCCAUCGACGGUAACUGCGACGGACGCAUCAGCAUCAAAGAGUUCGUGAAUCACGGACGCGAUUUCUUCUUGACCGAAGACGAGGAGAGGAUCAGCAAGUACUUUUGGGGACCGCUCGUCGAUCACUGAAGCUCACGCUCUUAAAGCAUCGAAAGUUGAAUUCGGGAUCAAAGGAGAAAACAUGUAUAUUCUAUUUUUAAAUAUUACAUUAAGUUUUUUUUUUUAAAUGUACACUUUUAUAUUUAGUUUUUAAUUCUUUGUGAUUAGAGGAGAAAAAAAAAACGCUAUUUUUUUUUCACUCAUUACCAUAACGCCUUAAAGGAGUGCUAAUUUUUGGAUUGUAGCAAUUGUUGUAAUAAAGAAAAAAAAAACUUA